AUGAAGCCGUUAUUGAUGGCAAUGGAUUCUGUGAACCGAAGAUUGAGUCAAGCCGGGAAACAAAUGGUGAGGAAUCAGUCUGAGGAACAAAACCAUCCUAACAAGUCUCCGAGGAGCAGUGACAAACCAUCACCGAGCAACAAGAAAGAAGGCGAUGGUUUCAAGAAACCCAAGAGCAGGAAGGAGGCCUGGAGCGUUAUGAAGCCACCAAAACAACCUCAAACCAACAAGGGUUCAAAUUAG